AUUGGCUUUAAAGACCGGUUUACGAGAGAAGAAGAUUUACUGUAUAUGUCAAAAACUCGCGAAUCGUGCGAUUGUUUGUCUAGAAAUGGCGAGUUUCGAGAAAUUCGAACCCAUAUUUGGAGAAGUCGUACCCGAACAUUCGGAUCCGGGUUCGGGUCUUCUCCGGCGAUGUCUCUUCCACGUCUACGCUUCCGAUUCGUAUAACUUAACAGUCCAUGUCACUGACUUCGUCUCCGGCGUCUGGGCGACGAUCCUCUCCGUCUCGCAGCUAGACGAUAUGAGGGAUACUGUGGGGAUUGGUGGUUCGUGGUCAGAGUUCCUCGAUUAUACUGUUGCUUCCAUGAAAUCCGACAAUGUGAAGCUUCUCUUGGGAGAUAAUUCAGUUUCAAAUGGUGUCAAAACUGCGCGAUUAGUUUCUCAGAAGGCCAAAGGAAUGCCUCGCGUAAUAGUUCCUUUGACAAAGAUGGUGGACUCAUCUGCUAGUGAAGCAAUGGCAAAUCUGUCUCUUGAAUUGUUCAGAGCAUUCAAGAGCAAGCAGCACCUACAAGGAGAAGUGAGUUCUUCAGCUGCAGCAACUGAUGAAAAGGAUAAGAGGGAUGCUACCCAUAACCAAGUGGAACGAUACUCUGGAAAGCUAGAUGUUAUGGCUCCAUCAACAGAUAACCGGCAGGACUCUCCAGCCAAGCAAUCUGCCCGAGAAGGUUACACAACAAAACCUGUUAAACGUGUACCUGCUCACCGGAGAACCCGUAAACGGGGUGCCCUUCUGCAGGAUUCAGAAGAUGAUGAUGGCUGAUUGGAACAGAACAUAAUCAUAGCCGACACUUUAAACCCAUAAUCAGCUUUUGAUAACAAACUGAAUCGCCUGGGGAGUUAUGCUUUAUGCUCAUGAUAAUUUCCCAGGUCCUUUUUUACUCCUCUUUUGGUAAUUCGAUUUUCUGAAAAGAAUCUGUAAGGUUAACAUAGAUUCUUUGUGGAAACAUAUUAGAAGUUUUUGAAAGUUGAAAACGGAAGCAAAAUCGAAUCCUCCUUAGUAUCAUUAUUCAUUAUCUAAGCACAAAUAUCUUUCAUAUCUGAUGUAUACAAUAUAUGAACUAAGAAUAUACACCAGUUACUAGUUCGGACAAAUACAAAUACUGUAUUGUACAGAUUCUGUUGUGCCUCAGAAAUAAAGAUUCUCUUCUUCAAUGGAUUCUCUGACUGCCUUCAAAAUCCAUGGCUUGAGUUUCUUGGUGGUAACUAUGAUCCCCGUUUUGUGAGCAAGAUACUUUCCUUUCGAGAAGUCCAGAGAUUUCCCUGUAGCAUCGCACACUACGCCUCCAGCUUCUGCACAAGUGAUGAUUGAACCUGCAGCAUGGUCCCAAAUACACUCACGGUGUCCAUUGAGAGUGAAACGCAAGUAUAUCUCUGCGUCUCCCCGCGACAAAGCCGCAUACUUAGCUUGGCUAUCGAGCCUUACAGGUAAUGCUUUAAUCCCGAGUUUCUGCUCUAACCGUAAACAGAUAGUUUUAGUGGAAAGAAUCCCACUUGGUUAUGGCCUACUUAAGGGCACACUGUAAUACAAAGAAAACAAGAUGUUACCUUGGCAAUGGUACCAUGGAUGGGAAUUGGUUUAUGGUAUGAUUCUAAGAACUUCGCUUCGUCAAGAUUCUCAUUGCUACUCACUCGCACCUGUCAGAACAACUUUACUUUCUUUAACACUUUCAAACAAUUGCAGAUUUAUCACAUGGUUUAGCUUUGGACAGGUGAAUGAUACCUUCUGUGGUAGAGAAUUGCCUUUGAGUGAUUGCACAUAAGUUCCUGAACCCGUUGUAGCAAAGAAAAGACAGCCAACACCUUCCUGGGAAGACUUAUCCGUCACGCAAAUCGCUGAAGCCAAAGAAAGAUUCGGGCAAGCCAUGACACCAAGCACCACUUUGCCUUCCACAAGCAACGCUAGUCCCACAGCAUAUUGCUCUCCUCUUACAAAUCUAAACAAGCAGAGAAGUUUAGCAACCAGGUUUUUAAGUGCCUGAAAAGAUUAAGCAUAGAAAAAGCAUAGAGUUAGAGAGAUUUGUUACCCUCUGGUUCCAUCUAUAGGGUCAAGAACCCAGUGGGAACCGCUGCUACCGCCUUCUGAUUUACCGCAGUCUAUAGCAUUUAACACAUCAUCUGUGGAUAGAGGAGAGCCGGUGUACAAUUCCUCAGAAGCUAGAGUAUCUUUCACAAGUGUUGUAAUACCUUGUAGAAACAACUCACUUCCCUUCUUCCGCAGAUCUCCAGUUUCCUGUUGGAGCUCCCUCUCCAAUACAAGACUAACAACAGCUUGUGAGCCUGAAGAAACCAUACAUUAAUGGGAGAGGUAAAAGACAUUUUCUUGAUUGAUUUAGAGAGAAACCAAGAAUUUAGCAAAAAAAAAGGGAAACUUGAAUUCGAAUUCGUGGGUAUGCAAACGAGGAGGUACAAACCGUAAUCAGCUGCAGUAACUGGACUUGUAUCGGAUUUUUUCCAUACUUGGGAUUGCGACAGAGUCUUCUGAACUUCCUGAUUCAUUACGUGAUAAGGUUUGCUUUAGUUUCAGCGAUUCAUAUAAAGCUCUAUGCUCAUUCUAGCUCGAAAAUAGUGGUUACCUACCUGGCUGAGACGAGCAGCUAGAGAGACAGCUUUCUUUGCAGCGGCUAGCUCCUUCUCAUAAGACAUUGAAAAGCUUCAAAAGAAUAUAUCAUGUAAAAGCUUAUUCUCUCUAAUAUGGUUUUAUAUAUUGAAACAAUUUAUAGACAUCAUUUCAUAAUACGUUUAUAAUUA